CGGCCACCCACCCUCCACCGCCGCACUGACCAAACCCAAGCCGCAGCCGAGCUUCCCUCCCUCCGACGCUCCCCCUCGCCGCAGCGCACGUCCGCCGCCGCGUAGUAUAUAGAAGAAACCGGCGGCCGGCAGGGCGACCGAUGGACGCGCUGAGCCCGGAGCAGAUCUCCGAGUUCCGGGAGGCGUUCGCGUUCUUCGACAAGGACGGCGACGGGUGCAUCACGCUGGAGGAGCUGGCGACGGUGAUGGGGUCGCUGCAGGGGCAGCGGCCCGGCGCGGAGGAGCUCCGCGCGAUGAUCCGCGACGCCGACGCCGACGGCAACGGCACCAUCGACUUCGCCGAGUUCCUCGGCCUCAUGGCGCGCAAGACGACGGGCGCGGGGGCGGCCGGCGGGGACGGCGCCGACGAGGAGCUCCGCGAGGCGUUCAAGGUGUUCGACAAGGACCAGAACGGCUACAUCUCCGCCACCGAGCUGCGGCACGUGAUGAUCAACCUCGGCGAGAAGCUGACGGACGAGGAGGUGGAGCAGAUGAUCCGGGAGGCCGACCUCGACGGCGACGGCCAGGUCGACUACGACGAGUUCGUCAGGAUGAUGAUGCUCUCCGACGGCCACCACCAAUGAACCGGCCGGCCGCCGGCCAUGUAGCUAGCGGGCUGGCUAGCGAUUCUUUUGCAUCGAUCGAUCGAUACCAUGCACCCUCCAUUUUUCUCUUUCUCCGGUAGAUGGAGGAUCUUCUCCCCGUAGCUCUGGUGCUUGUUCCUCCACGAUUGUAUUGUUCGUUAUCUGUAACUGAUUAAUCAAAAUUUAUUGAUAUGAUCAAUUCGUCAAAGGAUGGCGAUUGUUAUGUGGUUAAGAACA